CAGGAGUGCAUUGAUAGUGCAGAACUCAUUGCGAGCAGUCUGCGUUUGGCUCCGUUUGUGCUGCCUCUGCAUUGUAAAAUUUAAUACGAAUAGUGGAUUUUAAUUUCUCGGAUACUGAAAUUGUUUGGAAUAUAAAAGAAAGUUCCCUACCAUUUGGGAAUUUUCAUUACUUUGAUUGAGUUGGCAUUUUCUUUAUUUUUUUUGUGAUAUCGACCGUGGAUUUUUUAGGAGUUAAUAUUUAUCUCAUUGGAAUCAACAUGUUUGGAAAGUUAACACUAAUUGUUGUGUUACUUUUAGAGCUGAAUUCCCAAGUAUUUGGAAUAACAUACGAGCAGCGCGAAGCGUAUCAACAAUACCAGCAGCAUUAUCAGUAUGCAGAAAUGAAAAGUGGAUCUACGGGAACGUAUACCCAGCCAGACAGCGCUGGCAGCAGGACUUACGGCGACUAUUCCCCACCCCAGACAAAUACUGGACUCGGAUAUAAUCCAGGAUACAGCGGUGGUAAUGCUUAUUCCCCAGUUAACCAGCCGUACCAACCCGCGGCCCCACAAAAUCCUGCGUACAAUGUAAACCCUGGUUAUGGGGGUUCUAGUCAGGGUUACAACGUAGGUGUCUCCUCCCCUAGAAAUACUAUUUCUGGAGGCCAUUCAUCGGGAAGUCUUCAACCUGGAAUGGCAAACGUGUGUCCUUAUCAGGAGGUAGCAAUGGUCGGACAUCGGAGGCCAUGCGUCCGGGCAUUUACACGUACCGUCAAAGUUUGGCGACCAAACUGUGGCUACAGUGCGAACUGGUGUGUGGGAUACGAACGCAGGACUGCAUAUUACACAUCUUAUCGUAUGGUUUAUGAGAGCAAUUAUGUUACCAAAUACAAAUGCUGUCAUGGAUGGUCACGCCUAAAUGGAGAGGGCGGCUGCAUGUAUCGUAAGUUGCUAAAUUGUGUUCUAUAGUAUUGUUGUUAAUUAUGAAGAAAUUUAUAAUUCGUAAUAAUAGUUAUAAAAGUUACACUAAAGCAUGGGAUUAAUAUAGAAUUGUACAUGUAGGAACUAAAUAAUCAUUCAUUCUUUGCAUUAGGUCAAAUAAAAUUAAUUGUUGGUUUCACAUCUUGGAUUUGAAAUUAUUUUUUUGGUAAGGGUAUUUACUAAUUGCUGUUCACUA